AUGCCGAUUCGGCACGCAAACAUCGCACCACGACCACCAGCACAGCCCCUGCACACACCAACAUCGGUGGCUAGCAUAGGGCGGCAUACACAAAGCAGCGCCAAUGUGACGCCAACAGCAGUGCCGCCAAACAGCGGGCUAAUGCUGCCACCUGGCAUGGACAUGUCGAGCACGUCGCAGCUUCUGGCCAGCAUGCAGAGUCCUACCCCGCGGCAGCGCACGAGCAGUAAGACGCGUGGGCGCGGCAAGGCAAAAACUAAAGGCACGGGGCGCAAGAAUAACAAGGACGUGGCGGCUGACCAGAGCGACACGUUGAUCCAGGAACUGCUGGCGGGGCUCCCGUCGUCGCAGAUGCUGCAGACGGACCCACUGACGUCGGAGGAGUGGUUUCCGGAUCCAUCCUCGUCGAUGAUUGCUCAGGACAGCCUAUUCCAGUACCUUGAUUCGGUUUCAGGGCAGACAAACAAUGCGGUGAUUUCGGCAACAACACCUGUGGCAGCUAGCAGUACAGCGGCAGCAAUGGAUGUGAAUUUGGAUACGCUACAGACGGUGCUGGGGUCGGAUCCGGCCGGGCCAGACGCGGUGGGCGGGUCGCAGGUGACGCCUGACGCACGGUUUAUAGCGAAUGUGCGGGCGAAGCGCGAGGGGCAGCGGGCGGGGGAUUCGCCGAUGCUGAGCAGCCAGCGGGGCAGCAAGCGGGCAUAUCCCUUGCAGGGGUUUGCGAAGCGGCAUGGGAUCGGAGUGCCUGUGGGCAAUCAGAUGGCGAUUCUGUCCCCGGCACUGCUCUCGUCAUCGCCGCCCCAGCGGCAGCAGCUGCGGCAGCACCCGUACAAAUACUACUCGCCACCAAAGCCCACGGGCAAGGUAAUGGCGGGGAGCGGAGCGGGGCGGAAGCUGCAGCUGGGCGAGCGGCGCGGGGCCAAGUGGGUGUUGGGGCAGGACAAACAGCUUUUGCAGGGCGUGCGACAGCAGCGGUGGAGCGGCAACGGACCGGCGCGAGACCCGGCAGAUUUCGGCGACGAUGACUGGGAGGCAAUUGCGCAGUGUGUGAGCGGCGAGGGCGUGGCAAGGACAGCGCGGCAGUGCCAGCGGCGGUGGGCGGUGAUGUAUGGGCAUCUGGGGGAGGAGAUUCUGGAAUUUGUCGACAAUCCGCCGACGCCCAGUGCAGCCAACACUCCGCGGGCAAGCGACACGCCAGGGGAUUUGCUGAUGUCGUCGCCACCGUUCCUGGCCGCGCGCGGUGGGUCGCGGCAGCUGUCGGACAUUGCUGAAUUGCCGCUGGAGGAGGCGACCAAGCAGUUGGUGGUGCAUGGCGAGUCGUCGCCUGAAAUGGAGGUUGCGUUGAGUUCGCCCGAGGAUGCGCUGCGGCCACAGGGAGACGGAGUGCCGGGGGAGCUGGCGAACAUUGACUUGACCAGGCGGUGGGAGAUGCCUGUGUACUGCCAGCUGGUGGCCGAUGUAGUGCAGGCUAUGUCGAAUCCGAAUUCGCAGGCAGCAAAGGCUGUGCGAAAAUAUUCGGGUAGAGGUCAGUCGGCAUCCACAUCGGCGACCCCGACCAGUAUGGUACUGGCUGUGUCGGAGCAGCAGCCGCAGCCGCUGGCGGAUUUACUUGGGAUCCCGAUCACUACAUCGGCGACAAUGCCGGUAGUGACAGCCAAGGAAAGCAUGGCUCCGGCUGCUGGCCAGUCUGCAGGGCCGCUAGACAUGAGUACCAUAGACCAGGAUAUGGACGUGUAUCUGCAGUUUCUGCAGAGCCUGACCAACGACCAGAGCGAUCUUUUGCUGACUAGCACAGCGCCAGGCAGUAGCAGUGCUGGCGGCAUAUCUAUGGCGGGCGUGGACAGUGCAGGCGCAGAUUGGGCUGGGCUGUUUGACAGCACGGCGGCGAUACCUGCGACGAUGGCACUGGGAGGCACGAGCAAUUUGGCCUCGCAACCGGGGCAGGGAGAUGCGCAGCAGAGCAAAAUAGUGGAAAUGGGUAACGGUGAUGAGGAUGACGCCAACGACGACGAUUUCGUUCUGAAUGACGAAGACGACGAAGACGACGAAGACGACGAUGAGGACGACGACGACAUGGCCAGUCUAUUUGCAGGCACGCCAAAGGUCGGCAGAGCUGGCGAGGCUAAGGACGGCGAGGUGAUGUGGGGCAAAGCGGAUGCAGCAGGCGGCGGAGGAGGGCAGCCGCUGCUGGCGGAUCCGUUCCUGCAGCAGCUGCUAGACAUGCCAACGCCAACGCCAAAGCCACAAAAGGCAGCAGCAGCAAAGACGCCGAGCAAGACCGGCCAGUCGGAGUCGUUCCUGGCGUCGCGGCAGCUGAUGAACCCAGUGGCCAGCCUGCUGGACUUGAACGCGGCGGCCAAGCGCGGGGGGUCGGCCAAGACGCCGCGCAAGCGCAAGAAGAAGUCGGCGUCGGCGUCGAUUGUGCGGGCGCUGGCAGCGGCAUCGGCGGUGGAGAUGGACGGCGGCACCGGCGAGGCAGGGGUAGGAACGGAGGUAGACGGGCUGUACCAGGACGCGCUGCAGGACGGCGAGUCGAUCGACGUGCAGGAGGAGUCGCUGCAGGCAGACAACAGCGAGUAUCUGUUCACAGCCGAGCAGAUGGCGCAGCUGCGCGACCAGCAGGCACAGAACUUCCAGCUGGUGACGCAGGCAUUUCUGCUGGCGUGUGCCGAGAGUGGCCCGCAUGAUGCGCGCGCCCGGCACUGGAAGCGCCAGCUGGACUGCCUGGCAUUGCGCCACUCGCUGGGCACCCGCGAGGCACCCGACGCCAUGCUGAGCGGCGGCCUGCACCGGUUCAGCGCGCUGAUCGAGUCCGCCGAACGCCGUCGCGCCCGCACCGGCCAUGCUGGCGUCACCGAAUCCGGCCAGCCGGCGCCCAACCCAGCGUCGUUCUUUGCCAUCCCGGGCAUCACCGCUGCCGUGCCUGGACUGUAUGAGGCGGUCGACGAGAUCCACCGCGCGGCCCAGCUGACGCGCGAAGUGCCCGGUACCGCCGUCGUGCGGUCGUUCGGCGCGCGCAUGGACUUCUCGCCCACGUGUGCAUGUACGCCAGUGGCCGCCUUCCGGUCGGCCAUGGCGCUGGAGUGUGUGGUGCCGCGUCUGCUGGACGCCGUGGGCCACGGGAAGCGCCGAGCCGCCGACGAUCCGCCGCGCAACGACCGUCCGACCCAGCAGCGCCUGGCUGCACUGCCGCUCAGGCAACCUGGGGGAUUGCCGGUGCUUUUGCCGUCGGCCGGUGCCCAGCCAGUGCCCAGUGCGCCGCGCCGCGCCGAGCCGCCGGCCGACAUGCGAGCGCUGCGGGAGGCGCUGCGGACGCAGCUGCGGGGGUUCGCGCGUGAUCUGCACAAGGUGCCGCGGACGCGCCGUCGCGUGUUCGUGCAGGACGCUGGCGGGGUGCCGCGGCUCGAGUGGCUCGCAGUGGCGACCGAGCCGCUGGGCUUGCCGCCGGCGAUGCAUGCGGUGCUGGGGAUGCUGGUGCGCGGCAUGGGGUUCCGCGAGCCGCUGACGCCGCGAAUUGUUGCGGUGCGGAAGCCCAAGAACCGCAUCCACUUCAUGCAGGCCGAGGAUGCAUUGCUCUUGAUGGGCCUGCGGCUGUUUGGCUUCGACGACAUUGCGUCGCUGCGUGUGCAUCUGCUGCCCUGCAAGACUGCAUCGCAGCUGCGCAACCGCAUGAACAAUCUGCGCGCGCGCCGAGCCCCGCCCAAUGCCGUCAAGGACUUUUGCCUGCGGCGGAUUGCCCCGUUUACGCUGGAGGAGGAGGAGACGCUGCGUGUGGGUGUGCUGGUCUACGGCGACGAGUUCCGCGCGGUCAACCAGAACUUCCUUGUCAGCCGUCCGACUAUUGCGCUGGCGCAGGUGUGGAGCCAUGUGCGGGGGGACUUUGCGUGA